UGUGUUUCGGAAACAGCUGUCAGAAUUGUGAUAAAAACUUGUAUAUUUAGAUAGUGGAAAUUACCGCUUAUAUAUGUUGGGUAUUUAAACCAAACAUUUAACCAUUCUCACAGCAGCUUGUCAGAGGUUUUAUUAUAAUUUCAACUUUACGAAACUUAUAAUUUUCAUUAUUUUAGUAAGUCCUUUAGUAAUAAUGAUCAAAAAUAUAGUUUUACUUUGCGUGGCUAUUUUAAACGCUCACGGAGCGCCAUAUGAUGGAAAUGACUGGAAUGGUAAAUGGUUUCCUCAUUCACCUAGCGAGCCGGAUUUGAAUCCCAAAGUUUUAAUUUCAGGAAAAAGCAACAACAUACAUGACAGUCGUCAUGGUGUUGUAAUGGGAGUAAAAAACCCAUCUUGCGAUGAUGCCAAGUAUAAAUUAGAAACUGACUGGUACAUGAAUCCUGAAAAUUACACCUGCUAUGAGGAUAGACACUUGUAUAUACCAAAAAAUACCAUUCAUCCAAUACACAGCAUGGAACAUAUACCUGAAGAAUAUGUGGCACUUCAUAGAUGCAUGAAUGAAUCGAUAGAAUAUAAUGAAGCGAUUCCAACAUUCGGAAAUCAUCGUCCGCUUUGGGGGGCUUACGGCGAAUACACUUUCUUACCCAAACAGCGUUGGUUGCACAAUUUGGAGCAUGGAGCGGUGGUGAUGCUAUACCACCCCUGUGCGGAGAAGAACGAAGUCAAAGCCCUGAAAAGUUUGGUUAAAUCCUGUUUAUACAGACAUAUCAUCACGCCCUAUGACCAAUUGACCCCAGAAAGGCCUCUCGCUCUGCUCACCUGGGGCCACCGCUUAGAGAUGUCAAAAGUCUCCCCUGAGGUGGUGGUUAGUUUCAUCAAGGAGCACGCUCUUAACGGCCCUGAACAACUUUAUAGGAACGGUCACUACAUGCUGAUGCUCAAAGAGGAGGCCAAAGUCGUUUCUACCGUCGACGAUUCCGACCUAUGUCCAACCCAUUCGAGUAUACAUAUGAAAUAAUGCCAAUCCGUAGACAUAACAGUAUUCUAAUCAUCUAAGUUCAUAACCAUUCCUAUUUGGCGUGUUUGGAAUCUCAACCAGGGGAACAGUAUUUGAGGAAGAGGGGACGACUGCUAUUUACACAUUCUUUCCGGACUGAUCUGAACAAAACCAACCUCUUCUUUACACAGUACUUACUUGUGCAAUUAUAAUCUGUGCCAUUUUACUCGUAGAAAUUUAAUAUACUACAUCGGUGUACUAGAAUUAUAAGCACUGGUCUACUUGUGAUUAUUUGUAUAUUUCGGAGUUUAAUCCGUGGCCUAUUUUUAAAUUUUUUGAAGUAUAUUUGAACGUAAAGCGUUAAGUGAUUUGUUUUAAAGCACAAAAACGAAAUACUUACACUAAGAAUUAACUGUUUUAAUUUUGAAUACAUUUUUGUAACAUGUACACAUUUAAAUUAAUAUAUUAUUGUUGAAACGGGA